UGGUUGGCAACCGUCACUAGGGAGCGCGGAGGGAGGACGCCCGGCCGCUCGGGAGUCCCGGAGGCAGGACGGCCCAAGGCUUUUGAGGAGUAAGGAAGGCCUCUAGGAAUCCACAGGAUGUCAGAUACAGAAGAAAAUCCCCCAGAGGAAACAGGAGAAAGUGUAGACACAGAAAAAGAAGAGGAAUAUAAUCCAAGUUCUGAAGAAGAAAAUCUGCAACAGAGUCUAACCGAAGACACAGUGUCGUGGGAGGAGCCUCAGGAGGAGGAGGGGCAGAUAGAAGACGGAAAGAGAGCGAGAGGGGAGGAAGAGGAACCUGGGGAGGGAGAGAAAAAGGGAGGGACCGUCACAAAACAAGCAGCAAAGAAGUCUAAAAAGCUGGUCAACUUGGAUGAUAUUGUCAUCAGCUCUGAGUCCUCCACAUCAGCAUCUUCACUGACUGAAACCUCACAAAGUAACGAGUCGUCCAUACACUCCCAAAGUCCUGAAGUAAGCGAGAUGUUCAGAGAGGUCAGUCCGAACAUUGAAAUUACUGAAGCAGCUGCCGUCGGGUAUGAGGAGGGAGAGAUGGAGUCUCUCAGGUGGAAGUUACUGCAGGAAGUUAAGGAGGAAGCCAAGAGGGAGUCCGGACUCUCAGCCCAAGAUCGGAGAGACAGAGGAUCAAGAAACUCGGGAAAGCUGUCCUUCCUUCUCUCGGAAGAAGGGCAGAUAUCAUCCCAGUUCAAAGGGAGUACCAAGAUGUCCAUGGUGUCCACCUCCACAGAAGACACCUUGUUCCAGAAGGAAGAGGUCUCCAAGGUGUACCCUUUGACCAUGACCUGGUCCUUUGGAUGGAACAGUUUCCUCCCCGUCUACUACAUCCGGGAUAACCAGAGAGUCAUCCUCUACAUCUGUGCGCACACCGCCAUCAUUUACAACGUCUUCAAGAAUACACAGUACCACCUUCAGGGCCACCCUAACAUCAUCUCCUGCCUCUGUGUCAGCGAAGACAGGCGAUGGGUCGCCACAGCAGACAAAGGACCGGACUGCCUCAUAAUUAUAUGGGACUCCUUCACAGGCUACAUUGUCACAGGUGACAUUAAGGGCAGCAUCAAGUUCUACGACCACACCCUGUCUGUUGUCAACUGGUACAGUAACUUCAAACUAGGUGCCAUCAGGACUCUGUCCUUUUCAAAGGCCCCGGCAAGUCCGCCUACCGAGAAAUCCAACCUCCCCAUAGACUGCACUUUAAAAGGUGACCUUUUCGUCGUCAGGAAUUUUAUUAUCGGAACAUUUGAUGCCACCGUGUACCACAUGACGGCAGAUGGCACCAAACUUGAGAAGCUCUUUGUGGAGCCUAGAGAUGCCGUCUAUGCCAUCUCCUGCCACCCGUACCAACCCCUCAUCGCGGUUGGAAGUGUCUGUGGGAUGAUCAAGGUGUGGGACUACGAAAAGAAGAUGUAUCUGUUCAGCAGGGCCUUCGAGAAGGGGCUUGGGGUCCAGAGUCUGACCUACAACCCCGAAGGAUCCCUGCUUGGAGCUGGAUUCACUGAGGGGACAGUUUAUAUUCUCGACGCGAUGUCUCUAGAAAAUGAAAUUCCAGAGCCCUUCAAAUAUUCCAGAACGAGUGUGUCUCACGUCAGCUUCUCCCAUGACUCCAACUACAUGGCGACGGCUGAUGUCAGUUUCACCGUGGCCGUGUAUAAGGUGGUGGUCAUAAACGGCCAGAGGGUCUGGGAAUAUUUGGCGAGGCUCCGCUCUCAUCAUAACAGCAUCCAAAGCCUCCUGUUUGGCGUUCACCUGGACAGCAACGAGCCCAGGCUGCUGAGCCUCGGGAAAGACAGGUUCCUGAUCGAGUACAAUCUUAUCAAGAGCUACAAAGACCACCUGGAAGUGCUGGACAUUCACCGCACCGACCAGGGCACCUACCCGACCUGUAUGAUCUGGUACCCGCCGCUCACCAAGGAACUCUUCCUGCUUGUCUGUAACAGCUGCUACAAAGUGAAGCUUUUCAAUUCCACCACAAAAAUGUGCAGAAAGACACUUCUCGGACCGGCUUACGGGUCUCCUAUCCAGCACACUCAGGUGCUUCCGGUCAAGAACACAUUCGAGCUGCAGAAACGGCACUUGGUGUUCAUCAACAACGACAAGGUCGGACUCCAGAUCUUACCCGUUGACGGCAACCCACACAAAACAUGUGCUAUCAUCUGCCACCCAAGCGGCGUGGCUGGAAUGGCCCUUUCCUAUGAUGGCCGAUAUGCCUUCACAGCAGGAGGCCAAGACUGCUCAGUGGCACAGUGGGAAAUCAACUUAAGUGCCCUGGAGGCGGCUGUUUCUCUUGGGGGUGAAGACUUGACCCCGUUCUACGGUCUGGUGUCUGGCGGCAGGGAAGGAAAAUUCUACAGGGAGCUGGAGGAUUACUUUUAUUAUUCUCAGCUCCGCAGCCAAGGUAUCGAUACGAUGGAGACCAGGCAGGUGUCGGAACACAUCUGCCUGUCGGAGCUCCCCUUCGUCAUGAGAGCAAUUGGUUUUUACCCAUCGGAGGAGAAGAUUGAGGACAUGUUUAAUGAGAUCAAAUUUAGUGAAUACGUGGACACUGGGAACCUCAUCGACAAAAUCAACUUACCAGAUUUCCUCAAAGUUUAUCUUAAUCAUAGGCUGCCUUUUGGUAACACCCUGACUGGCAUCCAGGAGAGCUUUAACAUACUUGGUUUCAAAAAUUCGGAAGGGAAAAUGGUUAUUCGGAGAGAGGAUUUCCUGAACUUGCUCCUCACUAAAGGUGAGCACAUGACAGAGGAGGAGAUGUAUGACUGCUUUGCCACGCUGUUCGGCCUGAAACCUGAGGGGUGGAAACUGGAGCCCGCAUCCUCCUCCGUCAGAGAGCCAGAAAUCUGCCUCGAAGACGAACUUCCAGAGGAAAUCACUGCAGAAAUAUUCGCGACUGAAAUUCUUGGCUUAACCAUCUCUGACAGUUCCGGACUGUCGGAUCAGUGAAGUCCCUGAGAACGUUGGCAGCACAAAGGGCUUUGUGGGUGCUUGCACACGCGUGUGCGUGUUUUCCAGGAGGCGUUCUUUUUUCUGUAUAUGCCGACCCCGCCGCCCUUUAGAGCCUUUACAUUAAAAGCAGAUUUCUCAUAGGCAACGGAUCUCACUGAAUUGGACAUUGUGUUGUCUGUGAAAGGGAAGAGUGUGGGUGAAGGAGAGAACAGGCCUGGCAGC